CUGGGCCUCCUGCUGCAGCCAGGAUAUCAAAGGCUGCAUUGUGCAUUGAGCUGGGGCCUUGGUCCCUUGUGUGCCCGGGAGGAGGCGGGAGGAGGGACACUCUUGGAGGGCUGUCCCCUCCCAGUGCUCUUCUGGCUGGUGUUCCCAGGGGUCUCGGCCUGAGGAGGAUGGUGCACACAUGGGUGGCUGCUUCUGCAUCCCCGGGGAGCCGAGUCUGUCCUGGGGCCCAGGUAAAGAAACUCCUCCGAAGGAUCCAACCUCAUCGACUGAGUUUAUAUCCUCAUCUGAAGAAAAGGAAAAAUGUUUCCUGCUACAGAACAUGACUCCAGACCUGACGCUCUCCUUCAGUGUGAAGAGCCGCUCCAAGAGGUGUGUGAACGGCCCCUUGCAGGAAGCAGCCAGGAGGCGCCUCUGGGCGCUGGAGAAUGAGGACCAGGAGGUGCGUGCACUGUUUAAGGACCUCUCAGCAAGGUUGGUGGGUAUCCAGUCCCAGAGGGCCCAGUUCCUCAUCACCUUCAAGACCAUGGAGGAAAUCUGGAAGUUCUCCACCUACCUGCACUUAGGCUAUGUAUCUGCAUGUCUGGAGCAUCUUCUCUUUGACCACAAGUACUGGCUCAACAGCAGAUUGGUGGAGGAUACAGAGAUCCAAGUGUCAGUAGAUGAUAAACACCUGGAAUCAAUAUACCUGGGACUCCUGAUACAGGAAGGCCACUUCUUCUGCAGAGCCAUGUGCUCCGUGGCUCAGCCAGCUGAGAAGGAAGGGGAGUAUUUGACACUUUACAAGAACGAGUUAAUCUCAGUGAAGAUAGCCGAAGGAGGAUCCGAGUGGGAAGGCAUGUCCUUGGCAACCGGUCAGCGGGGCCUGGUGCCCGUGUCAGCCCUGGAACCCCUGCCACUCCCUUUCCACCAAUGGUUCCUAAAGAAUUAUCCAGGAAGCUGCGGCCUUUCCAGGAAGAGGGAUUGGACAGGCUCCUACCAGAUCGGCAGAGGGAAGUGUAAGGCCUGGAAGGAAUAUGAGAGGGAAGAAAACGAUGAGCUGGAUCUCCGCCAGGGAGAGAACAUCGAGAUCAUCGGCUUUGUCAUCCCCGGGCUCCAGUGGUUCAUUGGGAAGUCAACACGCUCAGGAGAAGUGGGCUUUGUCCCCACCGGGAACAUAGAUCCUGAUUCUUUUUCCCCAGUGAGCAAGAACUCUGCCUUUUUCAGUGACGAGGAAAGAUGGUCUCUGUGGGUCCUGGGAAGUGACAGGAAAGCUGAGUGUGCCAACUUCCUCCACACGCUUGCUCAUACUGACAUCACGUCUGUCUACCGGCUUAGUGGGUUUGAAUCCAUCCAGAAUCUUCCAAAUGAUCUGAGCGCAUCCCAGCCUGAAGGCUUCAAGGAGGCCCGGCCUGGUGGAGCCUGGGAGGAGCACCAGGCUGUGGGCUCCAGACAAUCCAGCAGCUCUGAGGACUCCAGCCUGGAGGAGGAGCUCCUUUCAGCUGCCUCAGACAACUAUCACCUGCUGGAGACUGAUGACCUUGAUGACCCGGAACUUCUCAUGGACCUAAACACUGGUCAAGAGGAGGAGGAGGCUGAGAACUUUGCCCCCAUCUUGGCUUUUCUGGAUCACAAGGGUUAUGCUGACCAUUUUAAGAGCCUCUACGAUUUCUCCUUCUCUUUCCUCACAUCUUCUUUCUACAGCUUCUCUGAGGAGGAUGAGCUUGUGGCCUACCUGGAGGCCUCGAGGAAGUGGGCCAAGAGGAACCACAUGACCUGGGCCCACGCCCGUCUCUGCUUCCUCUUGGGCCGGCUGAGCGUCAGGAAGGUCAAACUCUCUCAGGCCAGGGUGUACUUUGAGGAGGCCAUCCACAUUCUCAAUGGGGCAUUUGAGGACCUAUCCUUGGUGGCUGCUCUGUACAUCAAUUUGGCUGCCAUCUACCUGAGGCAGAGGCUGAGGCAUAAAGGCUCGGCCCUGCUGGAAAAGGCAGCUGCCCUCUUGGCUUGCCUUCCUGACCGUGAGUCUAGUGCCAAGAACGAGCUUGAGGUGGUGGCCUAUGUGCUGCGCCGGGGCAUUGCGGUGGGCAGCUGCUCCCUGGAGGCCAGGGCCUGCUUCCUGGCCAUCCGAUUGCUCCUAAGCCUCGGCCAGCAUGAGGAGGUCUUGCCCUUCGCUGAGCGCCUGCAGCUUCUCUCUGGACACCCUCCUGCCUCGGAUGCUGUGGCCACCAUCUUGACUUUUCUGUAUGAUAAGAAAUAUCUUCCACACCUUGCAGUGGCCUCUGUCCGGCAAUGUGGUGCCCAGAAUGCCCAAGGGAUGUCCCUUCCCAUUUGGCAGGUCCACCUGGUUCUCCAGAAUAGCACCAAGCUCCUUCGUAUUCCCUCCUCAAGCUGGGGUGAAGUUUCCACCCUGGCGUGCCCGACACUCAGGCAGGCGUUGGCUGCCUGUGAGGAGCAGGCAGAUCGGAGCACCCAGAGGGCCCUGUGUCUCAUCCUGUCCAAAGUGUACCUCCAACACAGGUCUCCUGAUGGUGCCAUCCACUACCUGAGCCAAGCCUUGGUGCUAGGGCAGCUGCUGAGUGAGCAGGAGGCCUUCGAGUCUGCCCUCUCCCUGGCCUGGGCCUAUCUCUUAGCCAGCCAGGCGAAGAAGGCUUUGGACAUCCUUGAGCCACUCUUAUACUCCAUGCAGGAGACAGAGAGUGUUACCCAAAAGGGGGUGGUCCAUAACCUCCUGGGACUUGCACUUCAAGGUGAAGGCCGGGUGAACAGGGCAGCCAAGAGCUAUUUCCGAGCCUUGAACAGAGCCCGGGAGACGGGGGAUGUGCGUAACCAGGCGGUGACUUUGGCUAAUCUUGGCCACCUGACUCUUAAGUCCCGGGCUCAGUGGCCGGCCAGAGACUAUCUCCUGCAGGCAGUCCGACUCUAUUCUGAACUCCAGGCCAGCAUGGAGACAGACAUGGAAUUAGUACAGGUGCUUCUCUGGCUGGCCCAAGUCCUGGUGUAUGGACGCCAGCUGACCAGCGGCCGCCUCUGUUAUGAAACGGCGCUGCUGUUUGGCUUAAGCCAUCGACACCUAAAGAGUCAGCUUCAGGUCACCAAAUCCCUCUGCCAUUUCUACAGCUCUGUGUCCCCAAACCCUGAGGCAUGCAUCACCUACCACGAGCACUGGCUGACCCUGGCUCAGCAACUCAGGGACCGGGAGAUGGAGGGGAGGCUGCUGGAGUCCCUUGGGCAGCUCUAUCGGAACCUGAACACAGCCAGGUCCCUCAGGAGGUCCCUCACCUGCAUCAAGGAAAGCCUGCGUAUCUUCAUUGACCUGGAGGAGAGAGACAAGGCGGCCGAGGCCUGGCUCGGGGCUGGGCGACUUCACUACCUCAUGCAGGAAGAUGAGCUGGUGGAGCUGUACCUGCAGGCAGCCAUCCAGAAAGCCCUGAAGUCAGAGGAGCCCUCCCUGGCUCUCAAACUCUAUGAAGAAGCAGGUGACGUGUUCUUCAACGGGACCCGCCACAGGCAUCGCGCAGUGGAGUAUUAUCGAGCUGGGGCUGUUCCUUUAGCAAGGAGGAUGAAGGCGGUGAGAAGUGAGCUCCGGAUUUUCAACAAGCUGACAGAGCUGCAGAUCAGCCUGGAAGGCUAUGAGAAGGCUUUAGAAUUUGCCACCCUGGCGGCCAGACUCAGCACAGUCACAGGAGAUCAGAGGCAGGAGCUGGUGGCCUUUCACCGUCUGGCUACUGUGUACUAUUCCCUGCACAUGUACGAGAUGGCUGAGGACUGCUACCUGAAGACUCUGUCCCUCUGUCCACCUUGGCUGCAGAGUCCCAAGGAAGCCUUGUACUAUGCCAAAGUGUAUUAUCGCCUGGGCCGACUCACCUUCUACCAGCUGAAGCUAUUGGCAGGCUCAAACCCACAUCUAAAAGGGAUGCCCACGAUGCCACUGAUUACUUCUGGCUGGCCCUGGCAGCAGCGGUCCUGUUGGGUGAUGAGAAGCUGCAGGACACCAUUAGAAGCAGGCUGGACAACAUCUGCCAGAGCCCCCUGUGGCACAGCAGCCCCUCUGGGCGCUCCUCAGAGCGGGCACGGUGGCUGAGUGGCGGGGGGCUGGCCCUCUGAAGAGAGCUGUCCUAUCUCUGACCAUGCUGUGACCAGAAGCUGCCUCCUCACCCUAGACUCCUAGACACUGUUCUGGAAGGUCUGCAACAUCACUGGCCCAGCCCUCUCAUCUUGCAGUGGGAAGAGCGCAAUCCAGAGGGAGAGGGACUCAUUCCAGGCCACACAAGGAGUGCACGAUGGAGCAGGGAUGAGAAGUCCUGGCUUUGUGUCUAAAGCCUUUCCUGUGGCCUUUCCACACAUGCAGACUCUGAAAUGCACUUUCUCAACAGGCAAUUCUAGAGAAAAUGAGAAACCUUGCCCCUGGAAGACCUGUCUCCUUCCCCCAGUGAGGAAAUCAGGCAGGCACUGGAGAGAAGGCAAGGGGACUGCACUUUGCUCCCUUCACUGACUUUGCUCAGGGAAAGACCCCUCCCCCCACCAGCAGAGAAAUUGGUAGUUUCUUUCUUCUCUCUCUUCAGCCAGGACCAAAGGAGGUGCCACUCCUCUACAUCAUGAGGACUGGCAGGCAGGAAUUCACCAUGCUCUUAGCUCAAAAGACACAGCCUCAGAAUAGCCAGCUGGAGCGCCCAGGCUGUGAGGUCUGACAUGGAUUUGGGAUUCACUGUCUCCAUCCUGCUGCGAGGCUCUGUCCCCCCAUAACCUUCCAGAAACCCCAGGGAAGCUUCCCAAGGGCCAAGGCAUAACAAUUGGGCACUAAGAAAAUUAUGGGGUAAAUUACAUGUGCAUAGUGUGUAUUAUUAAAUAUUACCCAUUUACAUUUAUACACUCAUUUGUCCCCUUUAGAAUAGGGAGAGAUGAGAUGGGAGACUUGAAGGAUGGGUUAAAUAUUACCAAGAUGUCAUAUUGAUUUCAGAGUAGCUCCCUGACAAAGCAUUUCUAUUAGUUAUCUAUCAUUCCAGAAUACACGUAGUGGUUUGAAACAUUUAUUAUCACACAGUUUCUGUAGGAAGGCAAGAAUCCAGGUGGGACUUAGCUGGGUCCUCUGGCUGAAAGGCUAUGAUCAAGGUGUCAGCUAUGGCUGUGGUCUCCUCAAGCUCAGCUUGGGGAGGACCUGCUUCCAAACUCACCCACAUUGUUGUUGGUGGGAGUCACUUCCCUGCUCUGGGCCAGAGACUGCCCACAGGUCCUCGCCAUGUGGGCUUCUCCAUCCGGCAGCUCACAACAUGGUGGCCUGCUUCAUCGGAGCGAGCAAGUGAGAAGAAGAAGAGUGAGCGAGAGAAGGAGGUCACUGUCUUCUCAUCUCACCUAACGGAAGGGACAUCCUAUUAGUUUUGCCUAUUCAGUUUGUUAUAAGUGAGUCGCUAGGUCCAGCCCACACAAGGAGGUGGGGAAUCGUUGGGGACCGUUUCAGCAGCUGCCUACCACCGUAUCUAUCUGAGUUCUUGGAUAAUGGAAUCCAGGAUUUUCUAAGGCAGUGAACUCACAGCAUGGUCCACUGACUGGGCCAGCAGCAUCAGCAUCACCUGUGAGGUUGUUUGAAAGGCAAAUUCUGGUGCCCACCUAAGACCUCUGAAUCAGAGUCUCCGGAGCCUACGAGUCCCAGCUUUAACCCGCUCUCCAGGUGGCUAUAAUGCACAGGAAAGCACGAGAGGAGCUGUUCUGGAACCACGGUUCUCAGAGAGGAUGCGAAAGACCCCUCUAGGAAGCUUGCUGAAAAUGAACUUUCUGGUUCCUACCCCAAUAAUUCUGACUCAGUAGGUCUGGGAGAUGUCCCAUGAAUGUGGAUUUUUAACGAGCAUCUAAGUGAUCCUGAUGCAGGUGUUCACCCUUGCUCUGAAAUGUGGGAACAUCCCAGAAGAUCUAGCCACAGGGCUCGCCACCUCAUGCCCCGCAGCUCAGAUUUUAAUUUCUAGCUUCUUGGGCCACUGAACAGUUGGUGGUGUGGUGAAGUGGGAAGGGAGUGGUAAUUGAGUCAACAUUGCAUCUUCUAGUCACCGAGCUUGUCUAGACAUCAGUACAUUUUGUUUUCUCUCAAGAGCUUGGUUGGUUGUCAAAACGCUCUCUACUCUAGAGAGUGGUCUUCUCUAGGAAGGAAAGGAAGUGACCUAAUCCACCACUAUGCCAAAUAGAUGUGGUUUUGCUCCUACCACAAACCAUAAAAUUCCCGAGGGUGGAGCGAUGUUGUGGAUGAGCCUGACCUCCCACGCAGAGUCCCUUCAACAACAUUCCCGGGAGAUGGACAAGGGCACAUGCGUUCCAGAACGGUUACGCAUCUUGUGUUUGAAGAUGGCUUGCUCUGCCCUGGAACCCAAGCCGUGACCCAUUCCCCAGUUGACUGGCGUUCCAGACCCUCUCCCUUUUCCCGCUGACCUAUUGCUCUCCUCUGGCCAGAUGCCAGUUUCUGUCCCUCUGAUGGUGUGAUUCCCAUAACUGCAGCAAGCUUUUGGUAUUGGCUGGUGGGUGGAGAUACAGAGGGAUGUUACUGUACUAAAUGUAACUUAAUGUGUAUUUUAAUGUUGCAUUAAGAUUUUUCUUCUCCCUAGCAGCCACAUCUUGCCAUUGGCUCACAUUGAGCUUAUGAACAUGAAAUAUCUUCUCACAUGAGCUUCUGGUUGGCCAGGUCUUUCUCAAUUGCUACAAAGAUACAUAUAAAUAAAUAAAUAUUUAAAUAAAUAUGUAUAUUUAAGUGAA